GGUACCGGCCCGGCGGGUGGAGGGAACGGGCCCGGCCGUGUGUAGGCCCCGACCCGGCCGUGUGCGGGUACCGGCCCGGCGGGUGGAGGGAGCGGGCCCGGAGGCCCCUACAGCCGCGGCUGAAGCUGAAGCAGAAACAUGGACCGGCUGGCGCCGUUUGUCAGUGACCCAUUUGACCAGCCACCUUGUCGUGGUUGCUCUUCCUACCUAAUGGAACCCUACAUAAAGUGUGCGGAUUGUGGACCUCCUCCUUUGCUGAUAUGCUUACAGUGCUUUACCAGAGGGUUUGAGUACAAGAAACAUCAAAGUGAUCAUAGUUAUGAAAUAAUGACAUCUGACUUUCCCAUUUUGGAUCCAAACUGGAGAGCUCAAGAGGAGAUGGCAUUACUUGAGGCUGUGAUGGACUGUGGUUUUGGAAACUGGCAAGAUGUGGCCAACCAGAUGCGUACAAAAUCCAAGGAAGAUUGUGAGAAGCACUACAUGAAACAUUUUGUUAACAAUCCACUGUUUUCCUCGACGUUGCUGAGUUUGAAGCAGUCUGAAGAAUCCAAAGAUCUUGAUACGGCAAUCACAUUCAGACCAUCUGAUGAGCCGCCUCGGCCAGCAUUUGAUUCGGCGCUCUCCAGGGACAUGGCGGGAUAUAUGCCAGCUCGAGCAGACUUUGUUGAGGAAUUUGAUAAUUAUGCAGAGUGGGACCUGAGGGACAUUGACUUUGUAGAGGAUGACUCUGAUAUUUUGCAUGCUUUGAAGCUUGCCGUGGUAGACAUUUAUCAUUCCAGAUUAAAAGAGCGGCAGCGAAGAAAAAAAAUUUUGAGAGACCAUGGGCUGAUUAACCUCAGAAAAUUUCAGAUUCUUGAAAGAAGGUAUCCUAAAGAAGUUCAAGACCUCUGUGAAGCAAUGAGACACUUUGCAAGACUGGUCGGACCCACAGAGCACGACAAAUUUAUUGAAAGCCAAACAUUGGAUUUUGAACUCCGGAAGGAAAUCAAGCGGUUGCAAGAAUACAGACUGGCAGGAGUCUUCACAUUUCGAGGUGCUAGAGUGUACGACUGCCUGAAGGUGCAUCGUGAGGAGGAACGACUGAAGCGGUGCAUGCUGACGGACCUGCUGCAGUGCCUGCAGGACUCCACUGCCUGUCAGCAGUGGUUACACAGGCAAGCAGCAAUUGAUUCAGGAAUAAACCCAGUGACACCAAUACUUUCAUCUGCAGUUAUGGAUGGAGCAGGUCGGAGAAAUGCACCUCCACUGAACCUCACCGGCCUUCCCGGCACCGAGAAACUGAAUGAUAAGGAGAAAGAGCUGUGUCAGAUGGUACGCCUCGUUCCCGGAGCAUAUUUGGAAUACAAGUCGGCUUUAAUGAACGAAAGCAGCAGGUUAGGUGGUUUGAAGCUAGCCCAAGCAAGGACUCUCAUUAAAAUAGAUGUGAACAAAACAAGAAAGAUCUAUGAUUUCCUGAUUCGAGAAGGAUAUAUUACUAAGGCGUGAAUGGGCAAGGUGUUGAGGAAUGAAUGCUGCCUGUACAAGGCAGACUCACCCAGCAACUUCUCAUUUCCUUUGUCAGUGAUGUACAGAAUGGAACAAAAUAACCAUGUCUUUUUAUUUAUUCUCUUCUUGUAAAAGAUCGCAAUUUGUGCUCUUUGUCAGUUCCUGGAUCUUUUGUGUUUUGGUAAAUGUAGUGCGAGUUCAAUAAAAUAAAAUAUGCUUUGAUAAAGA